AAUAGACAACAGUUAAAUACAUUUUCGUGGUCUUACAAUAAUGACCAGUAAUUAUCACCAAGUCGGCCAUUGAUCAGUUUUCAAAUCAAACCCAGCAAGAACGGGUCGCUUUGUACAGUUGUCUAGUCUUUUGUACAUUUUAUCAAAAUUUUACUGCUAAUUUUUGCGGCUAAUUGAGUGUGAUAUUGACCAAGUAAAAUAAUUGAUAAUUUUUAUGAUAAAAUAUAAUUAUAAGAUUUGGAAAAGCAGUGAACUAAAAAGUUACUAUUAAGGUGAUUUGAUAGCUGAAAAAUUAUAAGAAACAUUAUUGAAAAAAAUGGCGCUAUCUAUGGCAAUGACACUUAGCGGCUUAGAAUCGGAAGAUUUCAACGAUCUCACGUCUUUGCUGAUGAGAAAAGAAAUAAAUGAUAAAACAAGAAGUGAUUCAAGAUUAUCAUCCGAAAGUGAUUCCGGUUGCAGCAGCAUGGAACCAUUGUCAUCACGCGAGUUCUUAUCAUCACGGGAGUCCUUAUCAUCACGCGAGUCUUUAUCAACGGGUGAAUCAUUAUUCUCUCCUGCAGAAUGUGAACACAUAACGGCAACUAUACUACAAUCGUUCACAGCGGCAGUGAAGAAAUCUAAGCCAAGGGAAGAAUCUAGAAAUCGUAUUCGCCGACGCCGCUUCAUAAAUAAAGCUCCGAAGGAUUCUAACUUACCAAUGGACUUUUUCGAGCUCAAUCAUUUUUACCGACAGCUGCUCCCUUUACCUCAGCCAGAACAGUCGCAAAACCUCUCGCGCGAUUACAUCAGUCGGUUACGCAGAUCCCGAGAAGAGUCGGUAAAAAAAUCCACUGCCGCAGCUCGAUCGCAGCCGAUGGUAAUGUACAGGAAGAGAGAUAUUUUGAAUCUUGAGGCAAGUCUCCGAGGUUUCGGUUGGCCCAACAAAUCGGAAAGUAGUUGCGACAUUGAUAAUCAGACAGACAAAAACGUCAGCUAUUAUUUAUCCGAACAGUGCAGCGAUUGCGACUUCAAGAAACCUUAUCACUAUGAAUGCCAAACUGAUAGAUAACGAAUUACCUCACCGACAACUGACUAAAUACUCAAUUUUCAUAACAAUUACAAGUGUUUUAUAAAUUUGUACAUAUAACGCGUAUUACAAAAAAUGUGAUAUUAAUUUUUAAAUAUUUUUUCCAUUGAUAAGAUUAUGCACAGAUCAAUAAUAUUUGAAAAUUUU